AAAGGGCAGCGAAAGCACUUCGCUGGCUGCAGUCGGUUGCCCUUGUCAGGCUCGAGGAGGAGAACCUUGCGCGCGGGGAAAAGACAUGGCUCUCUUCUUGGCCUUCUGCUCCAUGCUGGCCCUGGUGUCGGCUGGGCCUGCGCAGUACUUCCGGGAGGAGUUCGGGGAUGGAGAUGCCUGGACAGGCCGUUGGAUAGAAUCAAAGCACAAAUCGGACUAUGGGAAAUUCGUGCUUUCAUCUGGGAAAUUCUAUGGAGAUAUAGAGAAAGACAAAGGACUUCAGACAAGCCAGGAUGCUCGUUUCUAUGCUAUUUCUGCCCAUUUUGAUUCCUUCAGCAACAAGGACAAGACCCUUGUGGUGCAGUUUACAGUGAAGCAUGAACAAAACAUUGACUGUGGAGGUGGCUAUGUGAAACUCUUCCCUUCAAGCCUGAACCAAGAGGACAUGCAUGGGGACUCUGAAUACAACAUCAUGUUUGGUCCAGAUAUUUGUGGUCCUGGUACCAAGAAAGUUCAUGUCAUUUUCAACUACAAAGGCAAAAAUGUUUUAAUCAAUAAGGACAUCCGUUGUAAAGACGAUGAAUUCACCCAUCUCUAUACUCUCAUUGUUCGACCUGAUAACACUUAUGAGGUAAAGAUUGACAAUAACAAAGUUGAAUCUGGCAGCUUGGAGGAGGACUGGGAUUUCCUGCCUCCGAAGAAAAUCAAGGAUCCAGAGGCAAAGAAACCUGAUGACUGGGAUGAAAGGGCUAAGAUAGAUGAUCCCGAAGACACAAAGCCAGAGGACUGGGAUAAACCAGAGCAUAUUCCUGAUCCUGAUGCCAAGAAGCCUGAGGACUGGGAUGAAGAGAUGGAUGGGGAGUGGGAGCCACCAGUGAUCCAGAACCCAGAAUACAAGGGAGAGUGGAAACCUCGUCAGAUUGACAAUCCCAACUACAAAGGGAAAUGGAUCCACCCUGAGAUAGAUAAUCCUGAGUACACACCUGAUUCAAACCUAUAUUCCUAUGAGAACUUUGGUGUUAUUGGCUUGGACUUGUGGCAGGUCAAGUCUGGCACAAUAUUUGAUAAUUUCCUGAUCACAGAUGAUGAAAAGUUUGCUGAAGAAAUUGGCAAUGAAACUUGGGGUGCCACUAAGGAUGCUGAGAAGAAAAUGAAAGAGCAACAGGAUGAAGAACUACGAAAGACCCAGGAGGAAGAAGAUAAGAAAAAGAAGGAGGAGGAUGGCGAAGAUGAGACUGAGGGGGAAGACAAUGAGGAGGAGGAAGAUGAGGAGGAGGAGGAAGACGAAAAGGAAGAAGAGGAGGAAACAGAGGGCCCACUGAAGGAUGAGCUGUGAUGGAGGGUUGCUGGGUGUGCUUGUUGGCAGAGCCCCACCCCGGACCUGUACCACGCAGUCAGUCCGCUUGGUUGAACCCAACUAAGGAGAGGGGAUAACAGUAAUGUCUCUAUGAGACACAAGAACUUUCUUUUUUUAUUGGUGUGUUUGUUUGUCUUAACCCCCUUCCCAAAUACCAUCCAAUUAUUCAUGUCAGUAGAUGGGAAACUAGCACCUGCAUCCUAAGAAGGCUAAUUUGUAGGAAUUACUACAACCCUUUGAAACAGGGGAAGAUACCAUUGACCCUUCUUUUUUAAAAAAACGGUAGUCACUUUUCACUGAAAGUUUGUCUCUGGUGGUCCUCCAUCAAUGAAUUUUCAAAAAGCAGAACUUUUUCCCUUCCUGAGAUUUGCCCUUUACUUUGAAGGUACAAAGAAAAAUCCAAUAGUUUUUAUUUGCCAGUUUUGGUGAGCAUGCUGGGGUGAGAAGAUGCAAUGGCUACUUCUAUGUCUCAAAAAAAAAAAAAGUUGAGGGAACUGGUAUUGUAUAUCUCAUUCUAGGGAGAGUCUGGGGUAACAGCCCUUUGUGCAUCAGACAAAUGUUGCUUUCUAAAAGCACCAAAUCAAUGUUUACCUUGGUUAAGGACCUAUUUCCAUGGUGAGAUAGGAACCAGUAUUGCAGAGAUUGAGUUUGUGGUAUCAACUUGGAGGCGGGAAAUAAUUUCUGCUUUGUGUUCAAAAAACGUAUCUUCACACAGAUUGAUGGAUGAAGUUAGGGGGGCUUCUGGAGGCAGAGACUUAACACCGGGGGGGGGGGGGUCAUCUCACUUGUUCACACUUGAAUGUAUGAAAGAUUGAAGACAAUUUCUAUUAAAUUAAACAUGUCUGGCCCAUA